UACUUGUCCUCACACAGAGACACAGUUUAGUGUUUUAAUGAGUCUUUUAUAGAUUAGAGAUGCUUCAGUGUUCUUCUGAGCAAAUGAAAAUGAUGAUGGAUAUCUAUAAGAGCAAAGAUGAUGUUAAAGGUCACGACCUUGAUCUCGAAGGCAGUGACAUAAAGAAUGACCCAGGCACAGAUCCACACACAGAAAGAGACACCGCUGGGGACAGGUGUUACAGACUGACUGCAGUGUAUGUGCUGCUGCUGCAUGUUGUCCUGCUGACUGCCCUUACACUGCUGUGGAUCAAGAACAACAACCUGUAUACAGAAAACAACAAGUUACAGACCAGUUACAACAAUCUGACUAUAGAGAGAGAUCAUGUCAUUUACAACAAUCUGACUAUAGAGAGAAACCAGAUACAGACCAGUUGCAACAAUCUGGCAAUAAAGAGUGACCAACUACAGACCAGGUAUAACAACCUGACCAAAGAGAAAGAUCAGUUACAGACCAGUUACAACAAUUUGAUAAUAGAAAGGCACCAGUUACAGAUAAGAUACAACAACUUGAUUAUAGAUCAAGACCAGUUACAGAUCAGAUACAACAACAUGACAAUAGAGAAAGACUGGUUACAGACCAGUUAUAACAACCUGAAAAUAGAUAGAGACGCGGUACAGGCUAGUUAUAACAACUUGACUACAGAGAGAAACCUGUUACAGAUCAGCUGCAACAAACUGACUAUAGAGAGGGAUCAGUUACAAACCAGUUACAACAACCUAAAUAUAGAGAAGAACAAGUUACAAACCAGUUACAACAACCUAAAUAUAGAGAGAGACCAGUUACAGACCAGUUACCAUAACCUGACUAUGGAAAAAGACCAGUUACAGACCAGUUACACCAAGUUAAUUAUAGAAAGAGACUGGUUACAGACCAGUUACAUCAACCUGACUAUAGACAGAGACCAGUUACUUACCAAUUACAACAACAUGACUUUAGAGAAUGACCAGUUACAGAUCAGUUAUAACAACCUAAAUAUAGAGAAAGACCAGUUACAAAUAAGUUACAAAAAACUGACUAAUGAGAAUGACGACUUACAGGCCAGGUACAACAACCUGACUAUAAAGCAAGAGCAGUUACAAUCUAAUUACAACACUAUGACUAUAGAGAAAGACCAGUUACAGACCUGUUGCAACAACCUGACUAUAGGGAGAGACCAACUACAGACCAGUUACAGGACCUUGAUAAUAGAGAGAAACCAGGUACAGACCAGUUACAACAACCUGACUAAUGAGAAAGAAAAGUUACAGACCAGUUACAACAACCUGAUUAUUGAGAGAGACCACUUACAGACCAGAUACGACAACCUGACUAUAGAGCGAGAGCUGUUACUUACCAUUUACAACAACCUGACUUUAGAGAAUGACCAGUUACAGACCAAUAACAACAACCUAAAUAUAGAGAAAGACCAGUUACAAAUAAGUUACAACAACCUGACUAAUGAGAAUGACGACUUACAGGCCAGGUACAACAACCUGACUAUAAAGCAAGAGCAGUUACAAACUAGUUACAACACUAUGACUAUAGAGAGAGACCAGUUACAGUCCUGUUGCAACAACCUGACUAUAGAGAGAGACCAACUACAGACCAGUUACAGGACCCUGAUAAUAGAGAGAAACCAGAUACAUACCUGUUGCAGCAACCUGACUAUAGAGAAAGAAAAGUUACAGACCAGUUACAACAACCUAAUUAUAGAGAGAGACCAGUUACACACCAGUUACAAUAACCUGACUAUGGGAAAAGACCAGUUAGAGAUGGGUUACAAUAACUUAAUUAUAGAAAGAGACCAGUUGCAGUCUAGUUACAACACUAUAACUACAGAGAGGGACCAAUUGCAUACCAAUUACAGCAAUCUGAUUAUAGAGAGAGAGAGGUUACAGACCUGUUACCACAACCUGACUAUAGACAGAGACAAAUUACAGACCAGUUAUCAUAACCUGAAUUUGACAAAAAAACAGUUGCAGACUAGUUACAACAACCUGACUAUAGUGCGUGAUCAGUUACAGACCAGGUACAACAACCUGAUUAUAGAGCAAGAGCAGUUACAGACUAGUUACAACACUAUGACUAUAGAGAGAGACAAAUUACAGACCUGUUGCAACAACCUGACUAUAGAGAGAGACCAGUUAAAGAGGCAUAUAGAGAAACUCCAGAGCCUUUCUAAACUGGGGUGGAUUUAUUUCAGCUCCAAUCUUUACUACAUCUCUACUGAGAAGAAAGGCUGGACUGAGAGCAGACAAGACUGCAGAGAGAGAGGAGCAGACUUGGUGAUCAUAAAGAGCAGAGAGGAACAGGAGUUCGUGAAUAAACUGCUGAGCAGCAGAACAGCUUGGAUUGGUCUGAGUGAUGGAGACAGAGAGGGCGAGUGGAAGUUGGUGGAUGAUACACCACUGAGCACUGAGUUUUGGCGAAAUGGAGAACCCAACAGCAGAGCAGGAGACGAGGACUGUGUUGUAACUGGUUAUUUGUCUGAUCCUGUGAGGAACUGGGCUGAUUUUCCCUGUAAUGAUAAGUUUAUUUGGAUCUGUGGGAUGACAAUCUUUAACUGAACUGCUGUAUGUAAAUGAAAAGCAGUAAAUUGAAUGUACAUACUGUAUGUAUCUGUGUAGGUCAGUGUGUUGUGUCUAAAAAUAUCCUCCAUACUGUUAAUAACUCUGUAACCAUCAUGGUGUCACCUGUUAUUCUUACAGAGCCUAUUUUUCCAUUCAGGGUGGUUUAGAAAAUGCUAUAAAUUCUACAGCAGUGAUGUGUGAGCAUGGGAGUCAAUGUGGUUUAAUCUUAUCAUUUUAUUGAAAAAUCUCACUCACUGACUGUGUAUCUUAAUGUCAUUUAAGAUUUAAAUUACACAAAUUAGUCCAUGCUACAUGCUCCCUCCUUCUGGCUUUAUCUGCUUUUUUUAUUUCAAUAGUCAUGAUAUCUGGUAUGAAUUGAUCAUCAUGUGCAUCAUGUGCUUAAACAUAAAUAAAGUAAUGGAUGUUGUAUUGAAUAUUGUGUAUUUGCUUUGGGUCAAGAGUAAAGCUAUUCUGUGCUCAUAUAAAGGAUGAACAAGCAUGAACACACUAAACUGCUGCUGCACACAAACGUACUGUAACAUGCUGAGCAGAAGUACAUUUUUGGCAAUA